AUGGCUGGCUCAAUGUGGUAUACCUUGGGCGUGUCCUGCUUUGCGGCCGUCGGCACCUUCCUUUUCGGUUUCGAUACUGGCAUCGCAACGACAACAAUCGCGCACCAGUCAUGGAUAGAUUAUAUGGGCCACCCGUCGAAAGGCUUGACUGGAGCGGUCGUCGCGGUUUACAUUGCUGGGGAGGCAGUUGGAGCCCUGACCCAGACCUUCAUUGGUGACCAGUUGGGACGAAUUCGCUUCAUGCAACUCAUGUGUAUCAUUGUCACCGUCGGAACCGUCAUCCAAACAGCGGCUCAGAAUAUGGGAAUGUUUCUGGCUGGACGCGUUUUGGCCGGAAUAGCUGUUGGUGGUAUGGUCGCCACGGUCCCCAUCUACCUGAGCGAAAUCUCUUCUCCAAAGCACCGUGGUCUUAUUGGAGGCAUCUCUGGAUGCGGUAUCUCGCUCGGGACGAUGAUGUCGAACUGGGUCGGCUUCGCAUGCAGUUAUGCCUCUUACGGGCCAACACAAUGGCGGUUGCCUCUGGGAAUCCAGAUCCCCUGGGGCAUCAUCCUGUUUGCUGGUCUCGCUACGUUUAUGCCGAAUUCUCCUCGACAGCUUAUCAGGAAGGGCAAGAUUGACGAAGCUCGCCGCCAUUUUAUGCGUAUCCGACGAGACCUUAACAACCACGAAGUGCACGAGGAAUUUGUAUUGAUGCGAGCACAAAUCGAGUUUGAGAUGCAGCGGGAGAUCAAGUCCAUCAAGGAAGUGUUCAAAUUGUUCCGUCACAGAGCUCUUGUCUCGAUCGCGGUGCAGACCAUGACCAGUCUUACUGGCGUCAACGUGAUCCAAUACUACCAAACAAUACUGUUCAAAUCAUUGGGGAUCAACAGCCACAUGAUUCUAGCUUUGGCUGCUAUUUAUGGCACACUUGCAUUCACCUCCAAUGUGCUCACCACGAGAUUCCUGACCGAUCAAUGGGGUCGACGAAAGAUGAUUCUUGCUGGUCUAUCAGGAGUCAUCAUCAUCGAGAUCUACGCUGCCGUGAUGCAACGUGAAUUCCAACAUACCGACAACAAAGUCGGCAAGGGCUUUGCUGUACUCGGCAUCUAUUUGUUCGUGGUGACCUACUACGGCAUGUUGAAUAGCACAACCUGGCUAUAUGGGGCUGAAGUCUUACCUGUGGCUUUACGAUCUAAGGUUAUGGGCUUGGCUGCAGCGUCACACUUCAUCGUCAAUGUUGGAAUCACCGAAGCUGGUCCAUCGGCAUUCGCCAACAUCCGGGAGAAUUACUACUAUGUCUUUGUGGGAUGCUCUGCUUUCUUCCUCGCCGUGGCGUACUUUUACUUCCCUGAGACAAAGCAAAGGACAUUGGAAGAAGUCGCAGCUGCUUUUGGUGACAAGGUCGUGCUAGUCACCGAGACUGAUCUUGCCGUUGAAGAUGCCGUAAUGCAGGAUAAGGCUGGUGCUGUACAGCUUGAAAGGACCCAGGGCAAACCCGCCGAAGCUUGA